AUGAGAUCAGCUGCUUUCAUCCUGCUGGCCUGCCUGUUGACUGUUGAUGUCAAAGGUAAAAAAAAAUAUAUACAGGGCCGGUGCCAGUGUAUGGAUGCUGGUGUGCACUUCAUUCGACCAAAAGAGAUCCAGAAGAUUGCGGUCUUCUCUCCCACCUCAUCCUGCGAACGCUUGGAGAUCAUUGUUACCCUGAGGGAAAGUGGGGAACAGAGGUGCUUGAACCCAGAAUCUCGCUUUGCCAAGAAUUUCAUCAAGAAUGCCCAGAGGAAGAAGAGCCGCCAAGAAUCAAGAAGAAGAGAAAACUCACCUGCCAGAGCCAUGAGAUCAGCUGCUUUCAUCCUGCUGGCCUGCCUGCUGUCUGUGGAUGUCAAAGGCAUGGCCAUUUCUCCCAGGGGUCGGUGUCAGUGCACAGAUGCUGGUGUCAACUUCAUUCGACCAAAAGAGAUUGAGAAGAUUGAGGUUUAUUCUCCCAGCUCCUCGUGUGAACGCAUGGAAAUCAUUGUUACCCUGAAGGAAAAUGCAGAACAGAGGUGCUUGAAUCCAGAGUCCAAAUUUGCUCAGAAUUUCAUCAAGAAUGCACAGAAGAAAAACAGGAGCCUGGAGUGAAAUGUGUCCUGAAGCAGCAACUCUCAUUUGCAAAAACAUUUAC